AUGUCGUCGUCGGAGCCCCAGAACCCACCGCCGGAGCAAGGCGAGGAGGAAGACGCCAAGGCUACAAGCAAGAAGGCGGCGAAGAAGGAGGCUGCGAAGCAGGAGAAGCUGCGCCGGAAAGCGGAGGCAGCUGCCUUGGCAAAGGCGGCUUCCUCUCUCGCCGUCGAGGAAGAGGAUCCCCUCGCCGGGAACUACGGCGAUGUACCGCUGAACAAGCAGCAAUCGAGAGAGGAACUCGAUCUCAGUGCGUGGACGAAGGUGAGGGAGCUGAAUGCGGAAUUGAAGGAUAAGGAGAUCCUGAUUAGAGGCCGAGCUCAAACUGUGCGCCCCGUUAGCAAGAACAUGGCGUUCGUUGUGGUUAGAGAGAGUGGGUUUACGGUUCAGUGCGUCGUCACUGUUCAGCCUGAGAUUGUGAGCCGUCCGAUGGUGAAGUUCAUCUCAGGUUUGACUAGUGAGUCAAUCGUUGAAGUUCAGGGGAUCGUCUCCGUGCCCAAUGUUGCUAUCAAGGGAGCUACCCAGCAGGUUGAAGUCCAAGUUAGGAAACUCUACUGUGUUAACAGGGCCCUGCCAACUCUACCAAUCACUAUUGAGGAUGCUUCUAGAAGUGAGAAGGAGAUUGAAGAAGCUUCUAAGACUGGGGAACAACUUGUCCGCGUUAAUCAAGACACGCGCCUGAACAAUCGGGUUAUCGACUUACGCACACCGGCUGGCCAAGGGAUUUUCCAAAUUCAAAGUGAAGUUAGCUAUGUGUUCAGGGAAUUUCUUCAUACAGAGGGAUUUGUAGAGAUCCAUACUCCAAAGCUGAUAGCAGGUAGCAGUGAGGGGGGUGCUGCUGUCUUCAGGCUGGAUUACAAGGGGCAACCUGCCUGCUUAGCACAAUCACCUCAGCUUCACAAACAAAUGGCCAUUGCUGGAGAUUUUGGACGAGUGUUUGAGGUUGGUCCAGUUUUCAGGGCAGAAGACUCAUAUACUCACCGGCACUUGUGUGAGUUUACUGGUCUUGAUGUGGAAAUGGAGAUUAAGAGUCACUAUUCUGAGGUAAUGGAUGUUGUGGACAAGCUAUUUGUCACUAUGUUUGACAGAUUGAAUGAACAGAAGUGCAAGCCGUACCUUGAAGCUGUAGCUAAGCAACAUCCAUUCGAGCCAUUGAAGUACUUGCGGAAGACAUUGCGCCUAAAAUUUGAAGAAGGCAUUCAGAUGCUGAAAGAUGCUGGAGAGGUAGUGGACCCCUACGGUGACCUGAAUACAGAAGCAGAAAGAAAGCUGGGCAACCUUGUAUUGAAGAAAUACGGCACUGAGUUCUAUAUUCUCCACCGCUAUCCAUUGGCUGUCAGGCCAUUCUACACAAUGCCAUGCCAUGAUGAUACAAAGUACAGCAAUUCUUUUGAUGUCUUCAUUCGAGGGGAGGAGAUCAUUUCAGGAGCUCAGCGUGUUCAUGUGCCUGAUCUACUGGAAGAACGUGCCAAGGCAUGUGGUAUUGAUGUCAGCACAAUCUCAACUUACAUAGAUUCUUUCAGAUAUGGGAUGCCCCUACACGGUGGUUUCGGAGUGGGAUUGGAGCGCGUGGUGAUGCUCUUCUGUGGUCUAAAAAAUAUUCGAAUGACAUCGCUGUUCCCUCGUGACCCUCGUAGGAUCGCCCCAUGA